CGUGGGUUUAAUUUUAGAAGAACUACGGUAUAGACGGGAUCUCGUACUUUUCGCGUGGAUAAAAGCACUCGUCAAUUGAUAGACAAGGUGUCGAAAACGAGUUUCUGAUAGGCAGCUAAUUAUUUUUUUUUUACGUUCAAGCUCGAUGAAAGUGUAUUAAAUUAGCUGAUUUUUUUCUUUGGGUGAAACAAGAAAUAAACAUGAAUGCAAAAGUUAUGAAAAGGAAGAAAUCGUCAAUGUCUGAAGUUAAAGUGGCAGUGAUUGGGGCACCUGAUGUUGGAAAAACAGCACUUUCUGUUAGAUUCUUAACCCGGAGAUAUAUUGGAGAAUACGAUCACAAAUCAGAGACCCGAUACAAACAUGAAGUACUAGUGGACAACGAUCCAAUUUUAUACGAAAUUUUGGAUACGUGCCCUAAAAACGACAGUGAUUUGCCUCCAAACGAAACAAUCAGUUGGGCGGAUGGUCUCUUAUUAGUCUACUCCAUCAAUGACAGAAAAUCUCUUACGUAUUUGAAAAAAGUUGGAGCUCUGAUAGCUGAUAACGACAUUCCAGUUUAUAUCGUAGGAAACAAAAAUGAUAUGGUCCACUUGAGAGAAGUGAGCGUAGAAGAAGGCGCCAUCUUGGCCAGAAGUCUGGAAUGCGGAUUUUCAGAAGUGGCUGCUGCGGAACAGGUCGCCCCCGUCGCUGUGGUUUUUCAAGAAUUAUGCAGAGCCGUAUUAGCUUCAAGAAGAAAAUCGAAACAUUCGCUUUUAGAGAGGAUGCUAGGGACGAAAACUUCAAAUUUAAGACUUUAUGUAAGGGGAAAAAGUGACAGUGCAUUGCCGAAAGAUAAUACAGUAUAAUCUUACUAAUAAUAAUAAAUUGAUGUUUAAUUUUUUAUUUGUUGUAUAUUUUUAAUAAAUAAACAAGUUUUUGAAUUAUUUAUUUUCUUGGAAAAUUUCUAGACUGAUAUUUUAAAGUUCCACAAGAUGUUGAUAAAUUAA